CAGUUGGUGACCUGGCCUGAACCUAGGAGAAAGUGGAGAGGACUUUGGAUCUUUUAAAUGUAUCACUCAACCAACUGAACCCAGUGCAUUCAUUCUCUCGGGAAAAAUAAGUUGCCUACAGCGAAGCACUAGAAAGAGGGGCAAGAGAGACCUAGCCACUGGGAGAGCAAACACAUUUAUGUUUUAGCAGCAUGAGUUCAACGACUUCAGCAGGCCCCAUGGCCAAUUCUGUGUUUGUGGUGGCACCACACCACGGGUAUCCUGUGGCCCCGGGGGGCAUGCCUCAGGUGCCCCUGUAUCCACGCAGCCAGCCCCAAGUCCACCUAAUUCCUGGGAACCCACCUGGUUUGGAGAGAGCUGUGUGUGUGCAACCUGCCCAGAGAGCCUUGAAAGAGGGCAAAACCUUAGGGGCCAUCCAGAUCCUAAUCGGCCUGCUACACAUCGGCCUCGGCAGUGUCAUGGGAACCUUGCUUCACGUGUACUACUAUGUACCUGUCUCAUUCUACGGAGGCUUUCCUUUCUGGGGAGGCAUCUGGUUCAUCAUUUCAGGAUCCCUCUCAGUAUCAGCAGAAAAUCAACCAAGGUCUACCUGCCUGCUGAAUGGCAGCUUGGGCUUGAACAUCAUCAGUGCAAUCUGUUCUGUGAUUGGAAUCAUACUCUUCAUCACUGAUAUGAGUGUCACCAACCUGUCUGUCUACCCCGACUACUAUCCUUACAGGGAGGUGGCCCCUGGAAUGGCUAUUUCUGGCGUGCUAUUCAUCUUCUGCCUCCUGGAGUUCUGCAUUGCGUGCACAUCUGCCCACUUUGGCUGCCAACUGGUCUGCUAUUCACCCAACAGUGUGGACGUGGUAUACCCAAAUGUCUAUGUGGCAAACUCCAUGGUCAUCCCAGAACCAGCAAACCUGCCACCACCGAUGUACUCCAGUGAGGUCCAGGGCUCCAGAUAAGCACAGCCAAAGGUUCUAGAAGCAUCUUUCACUGGGAUCAACAGAAGACCAUCCUUUUCUGGGCUUCUGAAACUCAGCUUCUUUUUUCCCUGAUAAUUUAAGGGCAAUGUCUCUCCAACUGCAUGCAUCCUGACUUCAUUCAAUUCAGCCUGAACAUUCGUGCUGUUCCUUUAUUAACUCUUUCGCUGUGUUCAUUGAUUUCAAGGUUUUUUCCAAAAUGUGUCAGAAAUCCACAAAAAAAACAAAAAGUUGUUAUUUUGACUGUUAUGCACUUAAUAAUAACAAUUUGAGCUGCUUUGUAUAUAAAUGACAUUAUUUUUAUGUAUAAAAAUUUCCUAUUGCUAUUCAUUAUUGAAAAACGCAAAAAUAUAGAAAAAUGUACAUCUGUUUUCCUAAACUUCCUUUCUGGAAGUUUCCAUCCACAGUCAGCAGAUGGAAAUAAUUAUUCAGAUAUAUCCGACCAUCGCAGCAAAAGGAGGCAGGGAUUUAAAGUGGAUUUUAACAAAGAGGUCCUUCCUAAGGCAUCUACCUGUGGGGUCUUUGUGUGCACAUAUUCAUGUGCUUACCUGUGUGAGCUUGUGUGUUAGAGGAACAGAUGUCUAGACCACCCAAGCUUCAUUGUUUCAAUCAUUCACUCAUUGAAUAAAUAUGCACAGAGCAUUUGAUAUGUUCAAGCUUCUAUACAUGGCAGGAGGAGGGUGAACACACAAAACCCGUGACUUCAAGGCACUUCUCACCUCACAGAGAGGACGACGUGCAGGCAGUUUCCUCUAACACAAAGCUGAAUGUGGGGAUACACAGAGAAGGAUAUGCUCUAUUCUGGCAGUGAUGGGGAAAGCAGAGAACAAGCCUGGUUAAGGAAGCAACUUUUGAGGGGGUCAUUAAAGGAGAGAGCAUUUUGUUGUUUUUUUAAUGCAAUAAGAAACCACACUGUUGGGAAGACCUGUGGAAAGAGUGAGCCAUCCAAUAAAAUGAUCAGUUCUUUUGUAUCUUUUAUAUACUCUUACCACUGAUGCAAUAGUUCUUGUGAAUAAACAUUGUCUUAAGAUAACUUCCAAACUUAUGAGGCUAGUAUAUCUUUCUUUAUAAAAGGUUGGGGACUAAUUCAAAGAGAAAUGGCUAAGUCUCUAACUUCUAGAUUUACACACAUUAAUUUUAAUAUUGUUAUCCAUGAUGGCCAAUUGGCUUCCAAAAAGUUACAUGGCUACAGAUUAUAGCAAUAAUCUUUAAAAUCCAGGUGCCAUCAAAUUUCUCUUUGCUACAGAAGCCUUGCAAUGAUUUGUUGUUGUUGCUGACCACAGAACAUGAUUUUACUCUUGUAAAUAUUUUUCAGCUCUGA